GGGGGUCUGACGUCACGGCGAGUUCUAGGCGGAAUGACAGCAGCAGCAUCGUCAGGAGAAGCAGCGGCGGCAAAAGCGGAGCAUCACCAGCAGCCGGGCACCUGGGGCAGCGUGCUCCUCCAUACACCGGGCUGGCAACCGACAGCUUCCCCUCUCUCCAGCACCGACCCACCCCUCGGCUCCCAGCACCAUGAACUGCUCAGAUGAUAGCGCCAAGGAGAAGCUGCUGUGGAACGUAAAGAAGGAGGUGAAACAGAUAAUGGAGGAAGCGGUGACCAGGAAGUUUGUUCAUGAAGACAGCAGCCAUAUAAUUGCUCUCUGUGGUGUGGUAGAGGCAUGUCUUCUGCACCUUCUGAAGAGGAGGGCGGCCGGCUUCCUAAGAAGUGAUAAAGUGGCAGCGUUGUUCAUGAAAGUGGCCAAAACCUGUGCAACGGCUGCAGAUAUAUGCAAGAAAGUGCAAGACCUGCAGCAACAAGUGGAAGGCAGGAAGAACAUCUCCAGUGGUCAAGAAUCUUUAAAAAGGCAGAGCUCGACUACAGGAAGAACAGUGACCCUCACCCCACAAGCUCUUAAACACAUUUGGGUGCGGACGGCCCUCAUAGAAAAAGUGCUGGAUAAAAUUGUGCAAUACAUUGUGGAUAACUGCAGUAAAUACUACGAAAAGGAAUCUUUAAUGUCUGAUCCUGUUUGUGGGCCCAUUUUGGCUGCCCUGUUGGUGGGGCCCUGUGCAUUGGAAUACACAAAGCUUAAAACAGCCGAUCAUUACUGGACAGAUCCCUCUGCUGAUGAACUGGUGCAACGGCACCGUAUCCAUGGGGCUCACAGUCGGCAAGAUUCACCCUGCAAACGUCCUGCUCUAAGUAUCAAGAAACGCCAUUCCAGUGGUAGCAUGUCAGAGGAUAAGUUUGCUGCUUCAGCUAGGGAAUAUGUUGAAUCUCUUCACCAGAAUUCUAGAACUCACCUUCUGUAUGGGAAAAAUAAUGUUCUGGUCCAGCCAAAAGAAGACAAAGAAGCUAUUCCUGGAUAUCUGUCAUUGCACCAGAGUGGGGAGAACCUGACAUUAAAAUGGACUCCAAACCAGCUGCUAAAUGGAACUCUGGGGGACUCAGAGCUUGAAAAGAGUGUGUUUUGGGAUUAUGCAUUGAUUGUGCCAAUCAGCCAGAUAGUCUGUAUUCACUGCCACCAGCAGCCAGACAGCAGGGGUACCCUGGUUCUUGUGAGUCAGGAUGGUAUCCAGAGACCCCCACUCCACUUUCCUCCAGGUGGACAUCUUCUUGCAUUUCUCUCAUGCCUAGAAAAUGGACUUUUACCUAGAGGGCAGUUGGAGCCGCCCUUAUGGUCUCAGCGGGGAAAAGGGAAGGUAUUUCCCAAACUGCGGAAGAGGAACAGCUCCAACAAAUCAGUUGACUUUGAUGACAAUGUGGUUGAAGAAAUAACUACAGAUUAUGUCUUCAGAAUCAUCUAUGCGGGUCACAAGCACGAUAACAUUACUAUUAACUACCACCACUUAGCUGCCAGUCGUUCGGUCUCUGUUGAUGAUGAUGAGGAAGAAGAAGAUAGGCUUCACGCCAUGCUAUCCAUGAUCUCCUCUCGGAACCUCACAGCUCCUAAAUCGAUGAAAGAGUCCGGAGAUGUGAUAGAGAUGCAAGGUUUCGGUGCUAAUCUUUUACCGUGGCAGUUGAAUGAAUUCUGCAGCCAGGGCUCUUCCUGCCUAUCCUGCUCCACAGGCAGCUCUCCAUACGACAUCCCCAGCUGCUGCAGCUGUGUGCACGACAGGGCUCCGCUCAAAUUGCUUUGUGAGAAUAUGAAGAAACAGAUUGUCUCCCGAGCCUUCUACGGAUGGCUUGCCUACUGCCGCCAUUUGUCCACUGUUCGGACCCAUCUUUCUGCCUUGGUCAAUCACUCCAUUAUUCCACCUGACAAACCUACAGAUGCCUCGGGCGGGCUAACCAAGGAGGUGUGGAGCAAGUAUGAAAAGGACAUGAAGAACUACAAGGAGCUGGAGCUGCUCAGGCUAGUGUACUAUGGAGGAGUGGAGCAUGAAAUCCGCAAAGAGGUGUGGCCGUUCCUCCUGGGACAUUACAAGUUUGGAAUGACAAAAAAAGAAAUGGAUCGAGUUGAUGAAGCCAUUGCAGCCCGUUACCAGAAAGUCAUGGCAGAAUGGAAAGCCUGUGAGGUGAUUGUGAAGCAGAGAGAGAAAGAGUCCCAUUCGGCCAUUUAUGCCAAGCUUUCUUCAGGCAGCAGCAUUGACAGCCACGUGCAGCGCCUGAUUCAUCGGGACUCUACCAUCAGUAACGACGUGUUUAUGUCUACAGAAGAAAUAGAUAUUACAGACAGAGACCUGAAAGGACACAAUGGUAAAGCAUCAAAUCUUGCGAGUACUCCCGUUGCAUUGGCAGUGGAUCCCCAGCAGUCGGUGGAAUUUGACUCUCCAGAUUCUGGUCUUCCUUCUUCUCGGAAUUAUUCUGUAACCUCAGGCAUCCUUUCCAGCAUUGAUGAUGGACAGAGUAUCUGCUUUGAGGAAGAGGAGUCAAACACAGAAUCUGAUAGGACAGAAAUGACUGUGUGCCCUACACGCAAAUCCAAAGGGAUCCUCAAAAUGCAGGAAUCAAUAAGUGAAGAACAACUGAGCUCACAGCUAGAUUAUUUAAACACCGCAGAAGACAUCUCUUCCAUGUGUCCCACAUCUUAUACAAUAGAACUACUGGAUACUAUCGCCUUAAAUUUGCAUCGAAUUGAUAAAGAUGUUCAGCGGUGUGAUCGCAAUUACUGGUAUUUCACAGAUGAAAACUUAGAAAAGCUCCGGAAUAUCAUGUGCAGUUAUGUGUGGGAACACCUGGAUAUAGGCUAUGUCCAAGGAAUGUGCGACCUGUUGGCUCCCCUGAUGGUUGUCUUGGAUAAUGAUUUGCUGGCGUACAGCUGCUUCACUCAACUGAUGAAACGAAUGAGCCAGAACUUUCCAAAUGGGGGCGCAAUGGAUACACACUUUGCAAAUAUGAGAUCCUUAAUCCAGAUUUUGGACUCUGAGCUGUUUGAACUCAUGCACCAGAAUGGAGACUAUACACAUUUCUAUUUCUGUUACCGCUGGUUCUUGCUCGAUUUUAAACGAGAAUUGCUCUAUGAAGAUGUAUUUGCAGUAUGGGAGGUCAUUUGGGCUGCUAGACUCAUAUCCUCAGAGCAUUUUGUGCUCUUCAUUGCUCUGGCUCUGGUGGAGGUCUAUCGGGAGAUUGUACGUGACAAUAAUAUGGACUUCACAGAUAUCAUCAAGUUUUUUAAUGAAAUGGCGGAACAUCACGAUGCACAACUAAUUCUGAGGAUAGCCCGGGACCUGGUACACAAGGUUCAAACACUAAUUGAAAAUAAAUGAAGGUCAUCCUCAUUAAUUAUGGAGAACUGCAAGAUGAGUCAGGCAGCACCGGGACACAUGAUCUCUUGCGCUGUAAAUCCAUAAAGACUUUUAGGAUAUUUUACACCCAAUGGGCUAAAUAUUUUAAAUUUGUAAAAUAAGUUAAAUAAAUCCCCCCAAAACAAACAGCACAAAUCAGGGUCCACUAAAGUGUGUUUAGGAGACACUCCUCUCAUUUGCAAUGAAGUUAAUGUAAAUAGAUGGAUUCUGAUGAACCCUUCACUAAUGGAGAGGCCAUGGAAUAUAUGGAAACUCCUGUAGGAAGGCGUAAGAGGAAUUCUGUAGAUACCUUCCACUGUUGGCCAAGGAAUUUUGAAAUAUCCUCGUGUCUGUUGAGUUUGGCUGAGGAUCCAUGUUAUGUGUUGCCCUUUGCAGACCAUAUUACAAUUGAAUGACUGUGUUUUUGUUCAGCAUGCAGAUAUGUGUCUGGAAACUCCACUGUGAUGAUAAAUGAAGGGCUGAGUGGCAGAACACAAACUUACUGGUGUGUAGAUAGGGUUUUCCACCUCGAAGGGAAGGCCCAUGUGUGGACUUGUCUGUUAAUAAAUCUCUUCUCAUAUUCCACCUGAUCCCUGAACACAACACAAAAAGGCCAGAUCUUUGGCCUAUGGGCAACAGGCUGAAACCAGUCUCAAAGUCCUGAUAUUCUGUAUUCCCUCCUACCAAUAUUAAAGGAAUAUAGGUGUCUGUGAGCAGAGGUAUCACCCAGUGGAUCCCGAAAGAUGAUAGUAUGCAUUUCCUUGGGUAUAAAUCCCAAACCCAAGGCCCCUUCCAGGAAAGCAAACAGAAGGAAGACAAAAAAACAUUAGGAGAAAUGUUUUUUUGCUUUAAAUUGAAUCCCGACCAUAAGUUUUCACAUAAUAAACCAUAAAAUAAUGUUUUAAGAUUAAAUUUGGCCAAAACCUGACUCAUAUAUUAAAAAUGGAAUUCUGUAUUCAUAAACUUGCUCUUGAGGUGUCAAGGGAAAGGUAGUAUGUUGGAAUGAAUAUAUAUAUAUUUAAAGAACAGAAUUUGAGCUUAGCAGAAACGACUUUUUUUCAAUGUGUCUCAUUGCUGGGGUGCCCCUGGGUGCUACUGAACUGCAGUGUCUCCAUGGUUUGUCAGCUGGCUAUAGAUGAUGCUGGAUAUAGUUUGCAGGGGCCAGACUGGGUGCUAUGGUGUCAAUAUGAGGAGGUCAGGGUCUCAGGAAUCUGCAUUGAUUAGACAUUCUCAUACCAGUGAGGUCUGUGUUGCUGCUCAGCUCACAUAUCAUGCUGCUAUCCGAGAGUUUACACACCCUGUUGGAAAAAACUGCCAUGUUAUUUUGGUGCCAAAAAAAUCACCAACAUAUCAUUCUGACAGGGGAAUGCAUGUACCUUCUUCGAGUAUUAUUAUUGUAAAUAUCUUUAAGUAGUGUGUUUCUUCAAUUUGCUAUCAUUAUUUGCCAGUUAAUGUGUCAUUGGUCUAUGAAGUCCUCUCUGAAAUGUGCUGGAAGUGUAAUAAAUGAAAAGUAGAAGGCCAUAACAGAACCAUAGGGCUCAUUUAUUACAAGGUAUAAAGUGCUAAAAUCAGGUCUAAAGCAGUGCACUUUACCUGGGAGUUGCACUUGCUCACAGCAGGCAGUUUAGGGCACCCUUUCACUUGUGGGCAUGCUCUCUGCGCCAUCAACUGGGUGCCCAUUAUAGACGACCAGCCUGAGAGGGCAGAGGGCAGCUGCAUUGCCCCAGCAACAUGUGCAAGCACUGUGUGUAUUGUGUGCUUAUUUAGGCAGUUGUGCACAUAGCACGCAGCAUUGGUAAAUGAGCCGUCAUGAGAUUAAAACUCAGUCUCAUGUCUAAAAUAAAAUCCUGUGAUAUUCACAUAAAUAUAAGAGCUUCCUAAUCUAGGCACAAGUCAUGGCCGGAGCUAGUAAUAUGGGGUCAUCAGGAAUUGCUGGAAGGCAGGGGUCAUACACUGAGGAAUAAAACCACAUCUAACAUUGAAGUAUCAUUGCAACAGCUGGAGAGCUGCAGUUGGAUAUCGCUAAAGUACAUAAUAAAAAUAUUCACUAAUAAAUCCUUUUAUCGACAUUUUACCCUCUACAGCAGUGAUCCCCAACCAGUGGCUCGUGAGCAACAUGUUGCUCCCCAAACCCUUGGACAUUGCUCCCAGUGGCCUCAAAGCACCUGCUUAUUUUUAAUUAUUUUUUUGAAAGUUUUAGAUGCAUAAAGACCAUGUGUACUGCCAAACCAAGCCUCCUGUUGUCUGCCUGUCCUCACUGGGCUACCAGAUAACUAAUCACAGCCCUUAAUGGUCACCCCCUAGGAACUUUUUUCAUGCUUGUGUUACACCCAACUUUUUUUUUUAUAUUUAAAUGUUGGUCAUGGGCAAAAAAGGUUGGGGACUCCAGCACUAAAGGGACCCUGCCAGAAUGUCCCUUACUCCAUUAGCCUAAUGGCUCUCCCUCCAGUAGCCUGGGGAAGGCUAUAUUUUGCAUUGAUCUGCUUGGUCUUGUGCAAAAGUAUUAGAUUCCCCCAGUUUUUUGAAUGGAGCAUGGAUCUUAGUGCUCUGCCCAGGCUCUUCAGGCUGUACCUCCCAGCUUCUUCCAGGGGCUGUUUUAGUCUUGGUCUAAAGUGAAACAGAAAUCUGAUAGUGCCUCUUUGUUCUUCAUUUUAUAGCCAGAGUUGCACUAAUUCCCAGAACCCAAGGAUUAUGAUUUUUACUGAAAUCAUCUUAUUUUUUUUACUUGUGUUAUUUUGGUUGGUCACAUCCUGCCUUUAAAGAUCCAGUAACACCUAAAAAAAGUCAACAUUUUAUAACAGAUACAUAGUUUAGAAUAACAAAAGCUUAAAUGAACAGUAACAAAAAAAAACAAAAAAAGUAAUUACAAUAUAAUGUACUGUUGCCCUGCACUGGUACAACUGGUGUGUUUGCCUCAGAAACACUUCUAUAGUUCAUAUUAAUAAAGCUGCUGUGUAGCCCUGGGGGCAGCCAUUCAAAGGAGAAAAGCCAAAGGUUACAUAGCAGAUAACGGAUACAUUACAUAAAUUCCCAUGAUAUUUUACAGAGUUUAUCUGUUAUCUGCUAUGUAACCUGUGCCUUUUCUCCUUUUUCCAGCUUGAAUGGCUGCCCCCAUGGCUACACAGCAGGGUAUUCAUAUAAACUAUAGAAGUGUUUCUGUAGCAAAGACACAACAUUUACCAGUGCAGGGCAGCAGUACAUGAUAUUUUUAUUACUUUAAUGCUCUUUCAUUUUUUUAGUUAAGCGGUGAUAAAGGAUCAAACACAUUCAACUUUCUGUCUCAUUAAUAACCUGUAAAUAAAACAUUUUCUUUUGUGACAUUACUGGUCCAGUAAAGGGAAAUGUAGUUUUAGUAGCCUAGAAAAGUAUCAAUCUGAAUCAUAUUGCAAUUGGUCGUUAUUUUUAUACCUUGUGUUUUACUAUUGAUUUUGCAUAAGUGAAAAAACAAGAUAGUGCCUUGUUUGUAAGGAAUGAGGAUGAGCCAGGGAGGACAGAAUCAAUCAGUAAUACAAUAAACCCAGUCUGAUUCCGUUUCAGUGUCACCAGCAAACACAUAACAGUGGAAGUGCCAGAUGGGAGAUAUUCAAUGUACCCAUUCUCUUGGAAAAUAUUCCAAAUAAAGGUCAGUGGCAAGUAGGGUUGCCAUCUUUUCUGGUAAAAAAUACAGGCCUUUUUAUAUUUUUAUCUUUCUUUCCUAUUAAUAACAUUGGUAUAAAGCAUCAUUUUUACUGGCCAGGCCAGUAAAAUACCAACCAGGUGGCAACCGGUGCCUCUCAGAAGAAUUUUUUGUGGGGGGCCCGGCGUGACCAAGUUACACAACUUAGUACAAUAUUUAAAAAUCAACAAAUGAGAGGAGUCAAGGCCACUGAAACCAACUGGCCAAUAUUUUCUCCAUUGUUUAUACCUACCUCUAGAAUCCCAGGCAUUAGGCAAUAUCAGUCCAUCAAUAAUUCGACCAGAUUCAGUGUAUACCUUGUGCCGGAUAAAAAAUCCACAGGCUAGCCUUGUUCUGCUUAAAGGAUGGGAGGUGGCAUGUUUUGUUGGGAGGGUAUGUGCCACCGCCACCUACCCCUCAUGAAUUCAGAGCCGCCAAGUGCAGGUGGUGCUGUAUUCAUGGGGGCAGCUGCGAGUCAACUGCGGCAAGUCAAAUAGAGUGGAAAGCAGCGUGCCAGUUAUCCAGUUGUGCCUAUUUUUUUCACUUUAAACCCCCUACUGUUUAUCUACUUGACUCCAUAGUCAUACUUGCCCUGAUUAGCACCUCUCUAUCACAGAGUUCAUCUUAAUAGCAAUUGUAGUUUCUAAAGCAAUCAAACUGCCAUCUUGUGUAUAAGUGGCUCAGAUGUAGAGUCAGGCUUAUCACCUCCCCACACACACACACACAGCUAUUCAUGGCUUUACUUCCUGCUCUGUAUACGGCACCCCUUAUUGGUUCCUUGUUAGAUCAUUUUGGCAUGUACCCACCACUAAACUACUCAUUCCUCCAAUCACCAACAUGCAUUUUGGUUUGUUUUUGUUAAAUAUUUAAUAAAUGAUUGGUGAGUGUCUUAAAAUACCAUUGACUCUUGUCAGGGAUACAUUUAGGUCUGAUGUGCCCCCCCCCCCCCCAUUACAGAUUGGACAUCCCAUGAUGUCACUUCCACUAGAGAUGGUACUCUGCACCCUCACCCCACUCCCCCCAACUCUGCCACCAGAUUUGCCUAGGUAUUAUCUGGCAGCUGAAGGGUGUUUCAUUUCUUUAUUUUAAGUAAUUUAAUGGAUUAUACAGGCAAUCAAUGGUGCCCCCAAAGCUGCUGCCCCUGGCACAGGCUCCUGGCUGCCUAUAUAAACACAGCCCUGACUCUCCUCAUAUAUUGAUUUUUAGCUCUACAAAUUUGACACUGGGCAGCUUGCAACCUGGCCACAAUCUGUAACUUAUAUUGGCUGACUUUGUUGUAAUUUUACAUUCCUCAUGCCAAUAUCCUAUUAACAGUGUAAGUAUGUAACAAGGGAGACAUUGGGGUUGAUCACACAACAGUGUCUGUUUUUGAUAAUGUUGUCUCAGUAUUGAUUUCAGUCACCACCGCCUGUCUGUGCUGCUUUGUGAAAGGGUGGGGGUGCACCCUCAGGCAGCGAAAUUAAUAGCUUCUUAAAAAUACACCCUUUUUAAUUUUUUAAAUUACAAAUAUAUUUAUUAAAAUAAGAUUUUUAUGAAAGUGCCGUACAGAUCUUGGUAUUUUAGGCAUCAAGAUUGAUUAGAAGACUGGACUAUUUGCAGUAUUUCACCCCUUUGUACAAGAAACACAAUGAAGCCGAUGUUAAACUGUCUCUGUUAUCACUAACUCAAAAGCGCACACAAAGAAUUAGUAUUAUCUUCCAACCCAGAUAUGUAGAAAAGAGAGUUUCUUUUGGACAACGGACAGUUGUUGCCUUGGAGUGAACCAAUGGGAUGGGGGGUGCUCACUUACAGAUGGACUCUGCAUAAAUCUGGGCACAUUGCCCUACGGAAUUGUCCCAAGAUUGUGUUUGCCGAUGUCUUUUCUUUUUUCUGUUUGGAGACGUUAUUCAUUCUCAGCCAUUGCCAUGUACCAACCAGAUACAGUAUAUUUAUCUUUCAGUCUACAAAUUAUAAAUAAAAUAUGUUUUUUUGUGAAUAAUUCA